GUAUGAGGGGGGUCUCUCGGAACCCCUUGUCCACCCCCUCGCCCCCCCACCAAGCUUUCAGCGUCCGAAGCCUGCCUCUCACAUACUACAUAGCUACCCCGACUUGAAAUGUGACUCAAAAUAUUCGCUGCUGGAAUACCGUUUUGUGACAACUGAAGGAUUGUGUGUGCGCGCCUUCUGGUAUUCAUUGAGGGAUACACUGAGGAGAAUACAUUUGCCAUGACAGUGGAUUUGCUUGCGAUUUUAUGUCUAAUCACCUCGGUCUCAGCGGUUGAAGAAACGGUGAUGGACACCCGCACUGCCACGGCAGAAUUGGGCUGGACGGCGUACCCGGCGUCCGGGUGGGAAGAGGUGAGCGGCUACGACGAGAACCUCAACACCAUCCGGACCUACCAGGUGUGCAACGUCUUCGAGUCCAGCCAGAACAACUGGCUCCUGACCACGUUCAUCGACCGGCGCGGCGCCCAGCGCAUCUACGUGGAGAUGCGCUUCACCGUGCGCGACUGCAGCAGCAUCCCCAACGUGCCGGGCUCCUGCAAGGAGACCUUCAACCUCUACUACUACGAGACCGACUUCGUCAUCGCCACCAAGGGCACCACCUUCUGGAUGGAGGCGCCCUACCUGAAGGUGGACACCAUCGCGGCCGACGAGAGCUUCUCGCAGGUGGACUUCGGCGGGCGGCUCAUGAAGGUGAACACGGAGGUGCGGAGCUUCGGGCCGCUGUCCAAGAACGGCUUCUACCUGGCCUUCCAGGACUACGGCGCCUGCAUGUCGCUGCUCUCCGUGCGCGUCUUCUACAAGAAGUGCCCCAGCAUCGUGCAGAACUUCGCCAUCUUCCCCGAGACCAUGACGGGCGCCGAGAGCACCUCGCUGGUCAUCGCCCGCGGGAUGUGCAUCGCCAACUCGGAGGAGGUGGACGUGCCCAUCAAGCUCUACUGCAACGGCGACGGCGAGUGGAUGGUGCCCAUCGGGAGCUGCACCUGCAAGGCCGGGUUCGAGCCGGACAACGCCAACGUCUGCCGAGCGUGCCCCCCCGGGACUUUCAAAUCCAACCAAGGGGCGGGGCUCUGCCUGCAGUGUCCCCUCAACAGCAGGUCCACCGCGGAAGCUGCCGGGAUCUGCGUCUGCCGCAACGGCUACUACCGCGGGGACAUGGACCAGCCCGACGCCCCCUGCACCAGCGUGCCCUCCGGCCCGCGGAACGUCAUCUCCAUCGUGAACGAGACGUCGGUCAUCCUGGAGUGGCACCCGCCGCGGGAGACGGGCGGGCGGGACGACGUGGUCUACAACAUCGUCUGCAAGAAGUGCCGCGCCGACCGCCGGUCCUGCUCGCACUGCGACGACAACGUGGAGUUCGUCCCGCGGCAGCUGGGCCUGACCGAGACCCACGUCUUCAUCAGCAACCUGUGGGCCCACACCGUCUACACCUUCGAGAUCCAGGCCGUCAACGGGGUCUCCAACAAGAGCCCCUACCCCGCCCAGCACGUGUCCAUCGACAUCACCACCAACCAAGCAGCUCCCUCCAUGGUACCCAUCAUGCACCAGGUCAGCUCUACCAUGAAAAGCAUCACGUUGUCAUGGCCACAGCCUGAGCAGCCCAACGGCAUCAUACUGGACUACGAGCUACGCUUUUAUGAGAAGGACCAGACCGAGUUCAACUCGUCCAUGGUGAAGAGCCUGACCAACACGGCUCGCGUGGACGGCCUGAAGCCCGGCACCAUGUACGUGAUGCAGGUCCGCGCCCGCACCGUGGCCGGCUUUGGCAAGUACAGCGGCAAGAUGUGCUUCCAGACCCUGACAGAUGAUGACUACAAGUCGGAGCUGAGGGAGCAGCUGCCCCUGAUCGCGGGCUCGGCGGCGGCCGGGGUGGUGUUCAUCGUUUCACUGGUGGCCAUUUCAAUCGUCUGUAGAAGGAAGAGAGCGUACACCAAGGACGCCGUGUACAGUGACAAACUGCAACAUUACAGCACUGGGCGAGAUCUGACAAAUUGCCACUCCCCCAUUGGCUGCCCAACCCACUUCUCGGGGUCCCCAGGGAUGAAGAUCUACAUAGACCCCUUCACCUACGAGGACCCAAACGAGGCAGUGCGAGAGUUCGCCAAGGAGAUCGACGUAUCCUCUGUGAAAAUCGAAGAGGUCAUUGGUGCUGGGGAGUUUGGAGAGGUGUACAAAGGUAGGCUGAAGCUGCCGGGGAAGCGGGAGAUCUACGUGGCCAUAAAGACGCUGAAGGCCGGCUACUCCGAGAAGCAGAGGCGGGACUUCCUGAGCGAGGCCAGCAUCAUGGGCCAGUUCGACCACCCCAACAUCAUUCGCCUGGAGGGCGUGGUCACCAAGAGCCGCCCGGUCAUGAUCGUGACGGAGUUCAUGGAGAACGGGGCGCUGGACUCCUUUCUGAGGCAAAACGACGGGCAGUUCACCGUCAUCCAGCUGGUGGGCAUGAUGCGCGGCAUCGCAGCCGGGAUGAAGUACCUCGCGGAGAUGAACUACGUCCACCGCGACCUGGCUGCCAGGAACAUCCUGGUCAACAGCAACCUGGUCUGCAAGGUGUCCGACUUCGGCCUCUCCCGCUACCUGCAGGACGACACGUCUGACCCCACCUACACCAGCUCCCUGGGUGGUAAAAUUCCAGUCCGGUGGACGGCUCCCGAGGCCAUCGCCUACAGGAAGUUCACCUCCGCCUCUGACGUCUGGAGCUACGGGAUCGUCAUGUGGGAGGUGAUGUCGUUCGGCGAGAGACCGUACUGGGACAUGUCCAACCAAGACGUGAUCAAUGCUAUCGAACAGGACUAUCGACUGCCCGCGCCCAUGGACUGCCCGGCCGCCCUGCACCAGCUGAUGCUCGACUGCUGGCAGAAGGACCGCAACGCUCGGCCACGCUUCUCCGACAUCGUGAACACGCUGGACAAGAUGAUCCGCAACCCCACCAGCCUGAAAGCUGUGGCCACCAUCACCGCAGUGCCUUCUCAGCCCCUUCUGGAUCGUUCCGUGCCCGACUUCACCACCUUCACCUCAGUGGAGGAUUGGCUGUGUGCCAUAAAGAUGACCCAGUACAGGGACAACUUCCUUAGCUCUGGCUUCACCUCCCUCCAGCUGGUUUCACAGAUGACAUCAGAGGACCUCCUCAGAAUCGGGGUGACCCUGGCGGGGCACCAGCGGAAGAUUCUGAGCAACAUCCAGUCCAUGCGGGCGCAGAUGAGCCAGUCCCCCACUGCUGUGGCAUGACUAGAGGAGGCGCUGAGCGGCGGUGGCGGCGGCGGCGGUAGCCUGCGCGGCAGCCUGCGAGGGAGCCUACGCGCGGGCCGCCAGCCGGCCGCGGGUUCGAUGGAGCGCGCCCGCGUGGAAACCGUCGUUCUGAUCUGAUCGAACCCCCCCCCCACCCCCCCGCCGCAUCAGCCUGCCCUCAGCUCAACGGCCUCCUCCCCUUGACGAGACUGGUACCCAAUCGCCAGCGGACAGGAAAAUGAAACCCAUUAAGUUAAAUGUACCGUACGAAGACCCGAAAAAAAAGAGUAUAUUAUUAAGACGCUGUGGAAUAUCACCUUUUUUUUACUUCAGGUUUACUCCUGCUUUUCUGUGGAUUAUUUUUUUGCCCUCAGCCCGCUACAUCAGAGGACGAAACGAAGGGAGGAAGGAGGGAAGGAAACCAGCUUUCAUCCAUUUUCAUUCUUCGUUAGCCGUCGUACGUGUGUUCGCUCCCGCAGGAAAAGGAGCGCUGAGCUGCCUGCUGAGGUUCAGGCGGAUAGCGUUGCCCAAGGACAGCCCGGGAGGGCCGCCCCUGCGUCAGAACUCCGUCGGAGGAAUAUAAAUAUGUUCUCGUAUAAAUAUAAUGAAAUAACUGGGAAAAAAAAUCUUCAUAUUGAAGGUCAUUUGUUAUAGAAACUUUUUUCUCUGCUUGCAUUUUUUGCAAAUAAAGUACACGGAUUGUAAAUGAGUUAAAUGGAUUGUAAAUUAUGCCACGGUGGUCCCUUACACACAGGCAUCUUUCCUGGAUGUUUUGAUUUUGCUCCCGGCACAAAGGGGACCGCAGACUGCUGUGGGGAACAGGCUGCGGCCUAGCCGAUCUGUACAAAGAACCUUUGUUUUUGUGUCAAAUGCUUAAAAAAAAAACUUAAAAAAAACGUUUAUGUCUUCAGACAUUGUUGGCGUGGGGUUUCCAGGCUGCGGAGCUCUUGUCUGUAAAGGCCUUCUCUUAUUCCUCUUGUGUGGCUUCUUUCUGUGUGAGCUCCUGGAGCCAUGGUUCAAAGGACCUGUUCCAGCCCUGCAGCUCAAACUGUCGAGUACGGUGCCCCACGGGACCUUGGGAAAAUGAAAAGGAAUCCAGAUGUUUAUAGAAACAAGAGCGGAAGCCUCCGACACAACGCAACACACCAAACUCAGCGCACUGUAAAUACCAUGGCUGCAAGCUCUUCCUCUGUGUCAUCGUACGAUUAAGAUUUGUUUUAUUGUGAUGAGUAUGUCAGAGUUUGUAACUGUAACUUUCUGAGAAAUAUUGUACUAAAAUGCACUCAAUAAAGAUGAAUCAACUGGA